UUUCAGUGUACAUAUCCACUUAGACAACGAUAACGGUGUUGUUUAGAUAUAAAAUAGUGUAAAAUGUGUUAGUAUAGAAGUUGUUUCGUUCAAAGCAGUGAUAAAAUCAUGUUUUUCGUUCUCACGAUGGAUUUUCAUAAGCUUCUCUUUGUGUUUUAUCUGGUUUCAGUUUUUAAAAAGGGUUACUAUUCUCAAUCGUUAGCGAAAGAAAUGAUGCAGGUUCUUCUUGAAAAUGUUAAAACUCCUGCUAACUCUAGUGAAAUGUGUCAAACGCAAUUGAAUGAAUUAUGGUCUUCUUUUAUUAACGGAGAACAAUGGGCAUGGAAGAUGUUAGAUGCUUCAAGCAAAAUUCCUAGCGGCUAUCAAGAAGGAAAUUAUAGAGAUUUGGGAAACUUUGACGAAUGCAUAAAUAUAAAUCAUCAAGGCCGUUCAACCAUUAAAGGGAAAUAUUGCUAUUCUGGAAUUGUUACUGUUUUACCUAGAUAUAUCAAUUUAACCACAUCGAUUGGUUCCUACAACCACACUGAUUUCAAUUAUUUAAAUCCAAUAAUCAGCUCAAUUCAAAACUCACAACUAAAACCAGUGCUUAAAAACGAAUCUUUCAUUACAUCGCUAGUUGAAUAUACAAAAGCCAGAGCUGUAGGCGACUUAAAUCUAGAUCAGAUAUUAAACCUUAUAAAUAACUAUGGUCUAAUAAUUACAUCAUUAUCUCUCUGUCUACCUCAUCAUUGUGUUCCAAGUGAACUACCCCUUCCACAGUUCGCUUUGGGAUUUGAUAGGAUUUGUGUUACAGAAGAAAGUUUUUACAAAUUAGAUGCUUCCGAUUAUGCAGCAAUAAUAAUUUUAGUCCUCAUAGCGCUUGUUAUGCUUGUGAGUACCAUUUACGACAUCCAUCUUAAAAUCGAGGAUAAAAAACCUGGUCAUAAAAUAUUUAUUGCGUAUUCUGUCCUAACCAACGGCAAGAUCUUGUUUAAUACUUCAAAAAGUUCAAAUCACCUUCUGUGCUUGGAAGGACUAAAAACUUUAAGUAUCUUCUGGAUUAUACUAGGCCAUAGAUACUCAUCGUCUGAAGAUAUUUUCGCAAUUAAUUUCAACGAAAUUCAAACGAUAGCAAAGCAACUUCAGAGUCAAUAUGUUCAAGCAGCGCAGUAUGCUGUGGACACUUUCCUAGUGUUAUCAGGGUGUCUCCUCACUUAUUUAGCUAUAAAGCCAAUGACGGAAUUCAGAAAUAAAAUAGCCAACCAUAGCAUAUUGAAAAAGGCUUUUACAAUAACCUCCUACACGUUAUCAAGUUAUAUGCAUCGCUACUUAAGAUUAACACCUCCAGUUGCCGCCCUUUUCGUAUACUACGUCACAUUAUCCAGACGAUUAGGAAAUGGUCCAGUGUAUAAUUUUAUUACCGAUCGCCAAAGGCAACCGUGUGUUGAUAAUUGGUGGUCUUUUUUUCUCUAUAUAGAAAAUUAUGCACAUACAAGUGAGAUGUGCAUAACUCACACGUGGUAUAUUAAUGUAGACAUGCAAAUGUUUAUAUUUUCUCCUUUGUUACUGUGGUCCAUUGUUCUUUAUCGCAAGAAAAUGCUCUUUAUUGGCCUGCCUUUGCUGAUAAUUAUUUCAACUGUGGUGGUUUUUCUCAUCAUGUAUAUUAACGAGAUACUAUGGUAUUCGCAAAGUUUUUAUGACAAAUAUUAUUAUGUAACCCAUACACAUUUAGCACCGUGGUUUAUUGGAAUGGUAUUGGGUAUUGUACUAUAUAACAGUAAGAAUAAAAAGCUCCAAAUGAACAAGCUGUUGACUACUUCUAUUUGGUGUAUUGUAUUAUUAGCUAUUCCAAAUUUGAUUUUGGCUCAGUGCGAUCCAUCGUAUAAUUACGAAAGAUUUAAAACUUCCAUAUGGACGGCUCUUCACAAACCUGCAUUUGCUUUCUGUAUUUUUUGGAUUGUUUUUGCAUGUGAAAAUGGUUAUGGAGGGAUAAUAAACAAGUUUCUUAGUUCUUCUAUAUUUCAAAUAUUUAGUAGAUUGGCUUACAGUAUGUAUUUAAUUCAAUUUAUUCCUAUGUUACUGGACCUAACUCAAAUUAGGGCACCAAUAUACUUCAACCACUACACAAUGACACGUGCCUUUUUGGCUGAUCUGGUGUUAACUACAAUCCUAGCAAUAAUAUGGACAUUAGCAUUCGAAUUGCCUAUUAGAGCUAUCGAUAAAAUAAUUUUUGGAAAAGACAAACGGAAAAAAUUAGUUGAGAAACCACACGAGGAUGUUCCAACUGAAUCUUCGAUACAAAUACCAUCUAUCUUAGUCUGAUGUAAAUAAAAUUAUAAAUACAUGUGUGUAUAUUUUUAAUAAAUCGUGUACCAUUUAAAAAAACGGAUAAAACAUCGAAAACUGAAUUGAAAUAUUAUAAAUGAAAGUUUUACUGGAAUAUUCCCGCCUUCUUAGUUUCCAUAAGUAGUUUUUUUGUAUUUAUUUAAAUAAAAC